AUGGCGCGAGUGUAUGCGGAUGUCAAUCAGCAGAUGCCCAAGUCAUAUUGGGAUUAUGACAGUGUCAACAUAUCCUGGGGCGUGUUGGAGAACUACGAGGUUGUGAGGAAAAUCGGGCGGGGGAAAUAUUCGGAGGUUUUCGAAGGGAUAAAUGUGGUCAACUACCAGAAAUGUGUUAUCAAGGUGUUGAAGCCAGUAAAGAAGAAGAAAAUCAAAAGAGAGAUCAAGAUCUUACAAAAUCUCUCCGGCGGUCCCAAUGUGGUUGCUCUGUUGGAUGUCGUCCGCGACAGUCAGAGCAAAACCCCCAGCUUGGUUUUCGAAUACGUAAAUAACACCGACUUCCGAACACUAUACCCUCGAUUUGUCGACUACGAUGUAAGAUACUACAUUUUCGAGCUUCUGAAGGCCUUGGACUUCUGCCACAGCAAAGGAAUAAUGCAUCGCGAUGUGAAACCCCACAAUGUCAUGAUAGAUCAUGAACGACGAAAACUGCGACUCAUUGAUUGGGGUUUGGCCGAAUUCUAUCACCAGGGAAUGGAGUACAAUGUCCGUGUCGCGUCGCGGUACUUCAAGGGACCAGAACUCCUCGUAGACUUCCAGGAAUACGACUAUUCUCUUGACAUGUGGUCAUUAGGGGCCAUGUUUGCGUCGAUGAUAUUUCGAAAAGAGCCAUUUUUCCAUGGAAACAGCAACUCGGACCAACUGGUUAAAAUCGCCAAGGUGUUGGGUACCGAUGAGCUAUAUGAAUACCUCGAGAAAUACGAUAUAGAGCUGGACCCGCAGUACGACGAAAUCCUUUCAAACUUCUCCAAGAAAAGCUGGCAUUCGUUUAUCAACGCCGAAAACCAAAGAUUCGUCAGCAACGAGGCCAUAGAUUUCUUAGAUAAAUUGCUCAGAUAUGACCAUGCAGACCGCCUUACCGCCCAAGAAGCAAUGGCUCAUCCCUAUUUCGCUCCUGUUCGCGCUGCUGCUGCCCAAUCACUCCAGAACAGCGGAACAGCUUCUCACUCUUGA